GCCUUGCAAAGUUCCCAGCUUGGUUCCCUUCCCUCCAAUAUUCUCCACCCCUCCCAUGGAAUAUCCCCCACAAUUCCCUACUCCCCAACUCCACACUCCAAUCUCUUCCUCCUCUUCUUCUUCUUCCUCGCCUCGCUUAUAUACGCGGCGUGUCGAGCUCCUCCUCCUCCUCUUCCUUGCUCCACCACAACACCGUCGACUCGAGGCGCACGCAAACGCCGGUAGCGAGGAGAAGGAUUGCUUCUUCUUUUUUUUUUGUGUGUGUGCUGUGUUCUUGGGUUUCUUGGCAAUGGUGAUUGGGGCCGAGAUCAAGGACGAGAUGGAGGAGGCGCCGCCGCUGCUGCUCGACGAGGCCGCGCGCCCUCGCCGCGUCGCGCUCUUCGUCGAGCCGUCUCCGUUCGCUUACAUCUCUGGGUACAAGAACCGGUUUCAGAACUUCAUCAAGCACUUGCGCGAAAUGGGGGAUGAGGUGAUUGUUGUGACCAACCAUGAGGGGGUUCCCCAAGAAUUCCAUGGUGCCAAGGUUAUUGGUUCAUGGAGCUUUCCCUGUCCAAUGUAUGGAAAAGUUCCUCUCUCGCUGGCACUCAGUCCUAGGAUUAUUUCGGAGGUUGCAAAGUUCAAGCCUGACAUCAUUCAUGCAUCCUCACCUGGAAUUAUGGUUUUUGGGGCACUUGCUAUUGCUAAACUGCUCGGUGUCCCUCUAGUGAUGUCCUAUCACACCCAUGUCCCAGUGUAA